AUCCGCUUCGAGGGGAGAGCUGAGCAGGAGAGAGAGAGAGAGAGAUCGGAGAGCAACUACGUGGGAGAGCGACGCCCCUUGUCCCGACCCGGUAUCGUCUGAGAAGCACGAGAAGCCCGCCCCCAAAGAAAGCCGGAGAAAAGAAAGCGCAACAAUCUCAAUCUCUCCUCUCGUCUUGUGCCCUCUCUCUGUCUCCGAGUUAGUGCGGCAGCCUCCUCAGCCGACGGCGUAGAACUCCACAACCGAGCAAUGGCGCUGAAACGGAUCAACAAGGAACUCCAGGAUCUCGGGAAGGACCCCCCCGCGAACUGCUCGGCAGGGCCAGUCACGGAUGAUCUCUAUCAUUGGCAGGCGACCAUCAUGGGGCCGGACGACAGCCCCUACGCGGGCGGGGUCUUUUUCCUCAAUAUCCACUUCCCAGCUGACUACCCGUUUAAGCCGCCCAAGGUGAACUUCACGACGAGGAUCUACCACUGCAACAUAAACAGUAACGGGGGGAUCUGCUUAGACAUCCUCAAAGACCAGUGGUCUCCAGCUCUCACAAUCUCCAAGGUCCUGUUGUCUAUAUGUUCGCUGCUGACCGACCCCAACCCGGAUGAUCCUCUCGUACCAGAGAUCGCGCAGACGCCACAGCAAGGGAAAGGUGCGCCCAUCACGCCAUGGGAUGGGGGAAGGGGGGAAAGGGGGAAAACG